GGCCCGUUGAAGGCACUCCCUCUCCUCUAUCAGAUAAAACACAAAAGACUGCGGAUUGGCAGGUUGAGGGCCACAUAGACAAAGUAUUCCUUCAGUAUGACAGAUCUGGAUCCUGAGAAAAAACCUUUAAGUAAAUGCUGCAGAGAGAAGGCUCACAACCACAGCGCAUCACUAAAGGAGCCAGUCCAGUUUGAUGAUGUUGCAGUCUAUUUCUCUGAAGAGGAGUGGGAAUGUUUAAAAACAGAACAGCAAAACCUUUACAAGGAUGUAAUGAUGGAGAACUACAACAUUUUGGAAUCUCUGGGCUAUUUACAUAGAAUGCCAAAGAUUAUCUCAAGGAUACAGCGAGGGGAGAAACCCUGCUUAUGGCUCCACGCUCCACAGAAAGAAAAUGAUAAAAAGACGUACAUAGAUUGUGCAGAAGACUUUAACUACAGUUUACCACAGUGUAAAAUACAAAGUGAUCUCUAUCAUUAUCAACUGGGGACCUACAAGACUUCAGGAAAAAUGCAUAAUAGAUUAAUGGAUUUGAAAGAAGAAUCUGUAACCACACACAGGAGGAUCUGUAGAUAUAAUCUCCGCAAACGUAAAACAAUAGAGUGUAUUUCUGAGUUGGUAAAUGAGGAAAAGGACUCUACAAAGCCUUACAGAAAUGUAUAUAUCAAUGGUUGCACGUUUGAAAGAAUUUCAAUUCAUAGAGUUUGCAAAAGAAAUAAGAAUUCUCACUCAACAGAAACUCAGUAUAACUGCAAUGAGUGUGGAAAGAGCUUUAUUCAGAGCUCAUAUCUCAUAAAUCAUCAGAAGUUGCAUACUGGAGAGGCACCUUUUGAAUGCACAGAAUGUGGAAAGUGCUUUAAAAAUAAGUCCCUUCUGAGGAGACAUCAUGUAACACAUACAGGGGAGAGGCCUUAUGUUUGCAGUGAGUGCAAGAAGUGCUUCACGCACAGUUCUACUUUAAUGAGGCAUCAGCGAAUUCAUACAGGAGAAAAACCAUAUAAAUGUGCAGAAUGUGGUAAAAGAUUUAGCAUCAGCACAUACCUUCGGGUACACCAGAGAACACACACUGGAGAAAAACCAUAUACUUGCAAAGAAUGUGGAAAUAGUUUCACUCAGAGCACAGCUUUGAUAAUCCAUCAGAGAUCACACACAGGAGAAAAACCAUAUUCAUGCCAUGAAUGUGGCAAAGGCUUCACUCACAGAUCACAUCUGGUAACACAUCAGAGGUUCCAUACAGGUGAGAGGCCUUAUUCUUGCAAGGAGUGUGGUAAAACAUUCAAACACAGCUCCUACCUUAUAGUGCACAGUAGAUCGCACACAGGAGAGAGGCCGUAUACAUGCACUGAUUGUGGUAGAAGAUUUGCACAGAGUUGUCAGCUUACAACUCACCAGAAAUCUCACAUAUGAGAAAAUAACUGGAAUUGCCAUAUCUACUUCAUCAGAUUUUGCACAGUAAUAAUGCCUACAAAAUGUAACCCUUUUUUUUUUUUCAAUCCCUACUGCAUUUUACUAAUUUCAAUACUCUCCUAAAAUAUCAAUUUUUUAAAACAUUUGUUUAAUUUAUUACCAGUAACUGUGUACAGGUAUGAAAAGUGUCAAUCAUUUUUACCUGUUUAGUGCAUGUUUUGUCUUAUAACUCAAUUUGGAGGACAUUAAAGCCAUUAUUCCAGAUAUAAAUACCAGAAAGAUAUUUUCUACAAAAUAAAAUACUGAUAUCAAUUCAGAUGUGAUUUAACAUAUUUCAGAUGUGUCCCUAAAUCUGUAUAUUUAAACAAAUAAAAAAACAUUAUGUUUGCAUCUUU